CACAUACUUCGUUUAAGGAAAACAAAAACUAGAGAAGUAGUAGUGAUACAGAAGUCAGUGAGUGAAUUUCUAGCAAGGUCGAAAAAUGGCUCAAACUAACAUUAGUCAUCUCAUGGUUCUUUCACUAUUUUUAUGUCUUGCAUUUUCUCCAGUUUACUCUUUCUAUCUUAACCCCAACUUUUAUGAGCAAUCCUGCCCAAAGGCUGAAGAAAUUGUGAGGUCUGUUGUUGCGAAAGCUGUCCAAAAAGAAACUCGAAUGGCUGCUUCAUUGCUCAGGCUUCAUUUCCACGAUUGUUUUGUUCAGGGUUGUGAUGCCUCGCUUUUGUUAGACAACAGUAGAAACAUAAGAAGCGAGAAGCAGUCAAACGCAAACAGAAACUCAGCUCGAGGAUUCGAAGUCAUAGACGACAUUAAAUCUGCAUUGGAGAAGGCAUGUCCACAAACUGUCUCAUGUGCCGAUGUCUUAGCUCUAGCAGCAAGAGAUUCAACCGUAUUGGCUGGUGGUCCAAAUUGGGCGGUUCCACUCGGAAGGAGAGACUCCAAGACUGCAAGCUUAAGUGGUUCUAACAGAAACAUUCCUCAACCAAACAAUACGUUCCAAACAAUUCUUACUAAGUUCAAGGUUCAAGGCCUCAAUAUUGUCGAUCUUGUUGCACUUUCUGGAAGCCACACCGUUGGAAACGCUAGGUGCACUAGUUUUAGGCAAAGGUUGUACAACCAAUCAGGGAAAGGACAGGCCGAUUACACUCUUCAACAAGUGUACGCCAAUCAAUUGCGAAGCCGUUGUCCAAGAUCCGGCGGUGACAAUAACCUGUUUUCCAUGGACUUGGUUUCUCCUGCCAAAUUUGAUAACUAUUACUACAAGAACAUUUUAGCUUCAAAGGGACUUUUUAAUUCUGAUCAAGUUCUUUUAACAAAAGAUGAGUCGUCAAUGGAUCUAGUUAAGCAAUAUGCUGAGAACAACAACUUAUUUUUCGAGCAUUUCGCACAAUCCAUGGUUAAAAUGGGAAACCUCUCACCAUUGACUGGAUCGAAUGGCGAGAUCAGGAAGAACUGCAGGAGAAUUAAUAGUGGAUAUUAAGAGAAGAAUGUCAAGUGUGUUUUUUAUUUUUGUUUUUAUUUCUGUUAUUGUUUUCGUCUGUGUGGUUUUGCUUUUGAGUGCCUGGCAUGUUAAAAAGUGGUACAUUGUUGUGAUUUAAGCUAUUCUUAAUAAACAUUAUAAUUGAGGAAAAUACAAUGAUGUUUGAAA